AUGGACACCUCAACAAUGCAAGAUGUACCAUAAUGUACCACUUUUGAAAUGGGUUUCUAGCAGUUCAGAUCUGUCACCUAUUGAAACUUGUGGCACGAGAUGAAAAAGGUUCUACGACAACAUCCUGCUCGUACAAUCACCGAACUGAGGCAAAAGCUUCAAGAAGUAUGGGAUUGUUUUACACCAAAUUUUUGCCAAAACUUGGUUAACACUAUGCCCCAAAGAAUUUCAGCCGUAAUAAAAAAUUAAGGUGAUGUUACCUAAUGGUAAUCUUUCGACUUCGCG